CAAUAUCGGAUUUAAUGCAAGCCGGGGAUGGUUAGACAAAUUUAAAAAACGCCACGGAAUAAGACGUUUAAAAAUGGCCGGUGAAAAACUGUCAAAUGAUGAAGCCGCUAUCGGACCAUUCCAACUAGAGUUACAGAAAGUUAUUAGAGAGAAAAAAUUAACAGCGGAACAGGUUUACAAUGCUGACGAAUCUGGUUUGUACUGGCGAUUAUUGCCAGAUCAUACAUUAGCCUCUGGCAAUGAGCAGUCGGCUUCCGGAAGGAAAAUGAUGAAGAUGAGAGUGACAUUCAUGCCUUGUGCAAAUGCGGCUGGAACUCAUAAACUUCAAUUGCUUGUUGUCGGCAAAUCAAAAAACCCACGGGCAUUUAAAUCAACACGUCUUCCUGUUUGUUAUCGUGCACAAAAAAAUGCUUGGGUUACGAAAGACUUGUUUCUUGAGUGGUUUAAAACGGAAUUCGUUCCCGCGGUCCGCCGCCAUCUUUUGUCUGUUAAUUUGCCUCCUCAGGCACUGUUAUUGUUGGAUAAUUGUCCUGGGCAUCCAUCAGCAGAUGAACUUGUCUCUGAAGACGGCCACAUUUUUGCAAUGUUCCUGCCACCUAACACCACGGCGUGUAUACAACCAAUGGAUCAGAACGUUAUACAAAAUGUGAAGUUAAAUUACCGCAAAUCACUUUUGGUUAACUGUCUUGCAUUAUGUUCUGAAAACCUCAUGGACUCAUUAAAAUCGAUAACUUUAAAGGACACAGUUUUUCUUUUGGCUAAUUGCUGGGCCAAUGUUAAGACAUCGCUAAUUAACAAAUCAUGGAAGAAUUUGCACCCUGAAUUUCUCACUGAUAAUGACGAACCAGAAGAUGAUGUUCCUUUAGCCCAGCUUUUUAACAGGUUGAGGGGACCCAAUGAUCCUCAAAUAAGUGAGGCAGAAGCUCAAGAAUGGGCUGCUGGUGGUGCCGAAAGCGAGUUACAAAGAUAUGAAGUGUUAACUGAUGAGGAGAUUGUGCGAGCGGCUAUGUGUGAGGACGAUGAGGAAGAUGAGGACAAUAGCGUUGAAAUUCUAAAAAUCACAAAAGUUGGUAAUUCAGAGGCAGUAGGAGCUUUAAACACAGCUUUAAAAUGGGCUGAAGAUAACGAAUUUGAUAGCCACGAAGUUAUGUUUCUCCGUCGACUUAGAGACCGGGCUUUCGAAAUGAAGUGCGAAAAUUAUAAACAGAAGAGUAUUACAGACUUUUUCAAGAAGAAUUAACUAAUGUUUUAUUUUAACUUGCUGAUUUCCUUACAUAGUUGUUUGUAUGUAAUUUUGAACAUGUACAUUUUGACUGUAUGCUAUAAUUUAAAAA